AUGCUCCCUGAUGCUACCAUCGACAGAGCAGCUGACAAGCUAGCUGAGUUCCGGAGAGACAACGCUCUCAAUGACCUCCUAGAUCAAUACACUGUUCUUAUCGAGGACUACAGGCGCCUCAAGAGCGACUAUGAAGAAGAACGGGAGGGUAGGGAACGGUACAAGCAGCUCGCUCGUGGUCAGGAGCGUAACCCUUUUGCUCUAGUCGUCGUUGACGGCGAUGGAUACAUCUUUGAUGAACGAUUUGUGAAAGAUGGCGAAGAGGGCGGUAGCAGAGCCGCAAAACAACUAAAUGAUACUAUUAAAGAUAGUCUGCGUCGCAAAGGCCUCGAAACCUGUGAGGUCAUGGUUCGCGUCUACGCCAACCUUACCGGACUUUCCAAAGCGCUAUGCAAAAACGGACUUGCGGGCGCUGAAAAGCGGUCUCUUUCAUCAUUCACCGCCGGCUUCAACAGAUCUUAUGGCCUCGCUGACUUCAUCGACGCUGGUGAAUUAAAGGAGAAUGCCGACUUCAAGCUCAAAGCCAUUCUUCGUCUUUAUGCGGAUAAUGCCCAGUGCAAGCACAUUUACUUCGCCGCCUGCCAUGAUGUGGGCUACGUCUCAGACCUUACUCCAUUUAGGGGUAACCGAGAGCGAUUCACGCUUAUCCAAACACCGAGCCUGUUGUUCCACAAGGAGUUUGAGAGGCUCGGAAUGAACGUUGAAGAACUGCCCGGUGUGUUCCGCCACACACCUCUUCAACAGCCCUACAGUACUGCGCCAACCAAGGCGACUCUCAACUCGACCCUUACCGGUAGCAAAGCUAGUUCUACCUACAGCACCCCUGUGUCAACAAAAGAAAACAGUAAUGAAGGCAAAACAUCAGAAUAG